GCCCGUGCCGCCGCUGCGCUAGUAUCGGCGCUCGGCCCGCUGCAGUGUUGGCGCUCAGUGGUGUGCCCCGAGACCGGCCACCAGUGAGCCGGUGCCGCCGCCGCUUCCCCGUGCCAUGGUGCCGAUGCUCGGCAGCGCAGUGUUCCAGAUGAGUUCGGUUCCGUUCCUCAACUUCGCCAAGAUAUCGUCGCCGUGGAACCCGACGGCGCCCGGGCCGCAGCCGCCGGCGCCGCCCGCCGGCACGGCCACGCCCACGGUCGCCGGCCACGCCAUGAGCCUGCCCGACACGCCCACCAGCGGCCUGCCCAAGGAGGAGCACCUCAAGCUGGCCGGCGACACCGGCAGCGUCACCUCCAAUGAGGUCGCAAUGAGCUGAUUGCGCGCUACAUCAAGCUGCGCACGGGCAAAUGUCGCACGAGAAAGCAGGUCAGCUCGCACAUUCAGGUGCUGGCGCGAAGGAAGCUGCGCGAGCUGCAGACCAAGAUGAAGAACGCCUCGCCGCUCGGCACGCUGCAGGACCACCACGCCAAGGAGAAGGCGCUGCACUCUGUGGCGGCCAUGACGUCGGCGCAGAUCGUGUCCGCCUCCAACAUGCAGCACAAGAGCCUGUCGGGCUUCGGCCUGGCUCCGUCCAGCUAUCCGGCCGGCCCGGGCGGCUUCUGGCAGUCGGGCCUUCAAGUCGGCAUGACUCAGGACAUGAAGCCGUUCAGCCAGCACCCGUACGGCGUGCCUGCCAAGCCGGCAGGCGAGCGCGGCCGACAUGUCGCUGCUGGGCCAGCCGCGGCGCCGGCGCCCGCCUGGGAGGGGCGCAGCAUCGCCACGCAGAAGCUGCGCCUGGUCGAGUACUCGGCAUUCAUGGAGGUGGCGCCGCAGUCGCGCGAACAGGAGACCGUCGCCGACAUGUACAACAAGCAUCUGUUCGUGCACAUCGGCGGUCCGGGCUCGUACGAUCCGCUGGAGGCCAUCGGCAUCACGCAGAUCUACGACAAGUUCCCCGACAAGAAGGGCGGCCUGCGCGAACUGUACGACAAGGGCCCGGCCAACGCCUUCUUCCUGGUCAAGUUCUGGGCCGACCUCAACACCAGUAUCCAGGACGCCAGCGGCGCCUUCUACGGCGUCACCAGCCAGUACGAGUCACCUGAGAACAUGACCAUCACCUGCUCCACCAAGGUCUGCUCCUUCGGCAAGCAGGUGGUGGAGAAGGUGGAAACCGAGUACGCCAGGUUCGAAAACGGCCGCUUCUUCUACCGAAUAAACCGGUCGCCCAUGUGCGAAUACAUGGUCAACUUCAUCCACAAGCUCAAGCACCUGCCCGAGAAGUACAUGAUGAACAGCGUACUGGAGAACUUCACCAUUCUGCAGGUGGUGACCAAUCGGGACACGCAGGAGACGCUGCUGUGCAUCGCGUUCGUGUUCGAAGUGUCAACGUCGGAGCAUGGCGCGCAACACCACAUCUACCGCCUGGUCAAGGACUGAGGACUGAGCGCCGCCGGCCGGCCGGCCGCCCGCCCGCGCCCGUGAUAGGUGUCCGGUGCCGCGCCGAGCCGGUGCCCGUGCGCCCCCUCCCCCUUUGUACAUAGCCACCAUGAUCUCGUCCUGACGUCACUGUGCGACCUUGACCUUGUGACCUUGGUGUUGUGAGCGAGCCGCGCGCGCGGCCGGCGCCGCUGGAUGCUUUACGUAGCGAGCCUUUGUUAAAUGUGGGUGUAGCUGUGCGUAUAGGUGUCUCAGUGUGCGCGUGUUUGACGUUUUGAGACCGGGCGCUGCGCGACGCAUCUUGCCGACGCGUCAGCCCGACCCGUGUGUACAUAGUUCCCAGUGCCUUGUAACGAUGUUCAAAUACGCUCGGCCGAGGGCGUGGACGUAUGGCGGGCGCAAGUCUCGGCGUUGGCUGCCGGCCGCGCCGCCUCCGCCCCUCCAAAGACCACGUGCGUCUUUCAGAACGGUGUGACUAGGUGGCUAGGCCUGGGCGGUGAGUCUAGGAUGUUCUCGUGCCAACAAGAGCCACCAGUGCACGCGCCAUACGGGGCCGGUGGGCACCUGCACUGCCGCCGCCGACAGCAGUCUGCGCGCACACAUGAGAGGAACACUGGUGUGCCUUCACGGAACUCAAUAUUUUCCUGUAUCUUUCGCACCGAACAGUGGCAGCACAAUUUGUGGCAUAUUUUACUGGGCAGAGGGGGACUCUUGAUCUGCUCGCGCGGCACGCUCGCCACCGGGGCUCUCCUUUUGACGAGACCGCUCCCACCGUUAGAAGGCUGGUGGUGCCGUGCGCGCGCCCAGCUCCCUGUUGCCAUUGUGAUGCGCGUGAUUGGCCGGAGGCCCGCAGUGCUGCCACCUGUGGGCCGCGCGGUGAGUCGAGGCGGACAGUGCUGCCACCUGCGGGGCUCGCGUCGCGCCGCGGCCGCCGGCGGCGUUGGUUUCGCUCGGCGUGAUACGGCUGGCGCUUGAUCUCAAUGCCAAUGCUCCGGUCGGAGCGCGAGUUUAGCAGAGCGGCGCGCGCCGACGGCCGGGCUUAAGAGACGGGAUCACCCGCUGUGCGGCCGGGUACCGCCAGCUGGAGCCGGCCCGGCCCGGCCCUCCGCAGGCCAGCUGUUGUUCUGUUAUUGUGUUGCUGUCCCGCCAUGUGAUUAGUGGAAUUAUGUGGCUCCGUUUGCGGUAGCUAUGCGCUAUGUCCUAUUUUGUACAGCUAUUUCUUCGGCAGUAAAGCAUUGAAAAGGAGAA